ACAGUGCGCUACACUCAAUAGUACAUGCAUAAAGUUUACCAGACGGCAUUACAGCUUAAUCAAAGUAUAAGUACAGCUAGAAUUUUACCAAUGGUCUAGCUAAUCUACCUACUUCCCUGUAUAUCGGAUCACUUAUUAACGUACAUUUGAUUCAUUCACGCCAUACCAGUUGUUUCUGACACUUUAAAUCAUGGCAGAUCAAUUUGUAGGAAACUGGAUCUGUGAAACACCCUAUGGAGAAUUGGAGGGAUUUGACGCUUUCAAUGCGGCACUGGGUACUGAUCCGGCAAUGGUUGAGCAAUAUAAAGGAAUUAAGACCUCAUUCCAGUAUUCUCGGAACGGUGACGUGUGGACAAGUGCCGUUACGAUGAAUGGAAACGUAAUGAAAUCAUAUUCGUUUUCAUUCAACCAGGAAAUGGAACAGGACGGCAUUGAUGGCAAACCUUACCAGUGUUUGAUCAAGAUUGAUGGAGACGUCUGGGUUGAGACAUCAGUGCCAAAAGAUGGAAGCAACAAGGGAAUAACUGCAAGGAGGACUGUCAACGGGGAUAUACUGACAAGUGUAACAACAGUCAACGGUACAAACCCACCCGUCUCGAUAUCGAUUCCAAGAAAACGACAGUAGGACUGUUUCCUUGUAACGAUGACUAUUUAUAUCAUUACGUACAUGUAUAUGCUGUUUUAAAGUAAAAUUAAAUGCAGGAAAGAGACUAUUUAGGAACCAUUCGUCUCUAUGCUUAUCACAUAGAGGGACAGUAUAUAAUAUUAGCUUGAUUGGCGAGUUCAUAUAUUUUCGCUGUACAAAUAAAUACUUGUAAAUUUGA